UGACUCCAAAGGUGGACACCAAAGAAAUAGCUGCAACAGCAACUACUAACAGAAUCCUACAAGACGGUUCGAGUACACAGACAUCCUCAAUUGUACCGGUCUGGGUCUCAUCCACAAAACAGCCGAAUCAUGAAGUCCUUGUCUAUGCACUCUUAGACACACAGAGCGACACAACUUUCAUUCUGGAUGAAGUUGCCCAAAACCUCAACACAACCAAAGAGAAUGUAAGUCUGAAGCUAUCCACAAUGUCUACAAGGUCAGCAGUCAUAGCUUGUCAGAAACUAACACAUCUACAAGUGAGAGGAUAUGAUUCGGAGAAGAGGAUUUCAUUGCCACCUCUUUUCACACGAGAGUUCAUUCCAGCAGACAGGUCACACAUUCCAACUUCUGAAACUGCUCAUAAAUGGACUCAUCUGGAGCAAUUGGUAGACAAAAUUCCACCACCAUUGGAUUGCGAAGUUGGCCUCUUGAUUGGCUAUAACUGUCACCAAGCCCUUCUCCCAAGAGAGAUUCUGUCUGGAAAAGAGAAUCAGCCAUACGGACAGUUAACAGACCUGGGCUGGAGCAUUGUUGGCUGCUCCAAUCAAGCAAGUGACCACGGUGAUUCAAUAGGAACCAGUCACAAAAUGAUGGUACGGCAAGUGACCCCUGAUGCACAGCCGUCUGCUAGGCUAAAGAGGGAGGUGCACUUUGUGUGCAGAACACAUGUUAAAGAGAUCAAUCCAACAGACAUUAUCAAAGCUCUCGAAUCUGAUUUCACAGAGCGUACCACAGAUGGUAAUCCAAUCUCGCAGGAAGACCUCCUCUUCUUGUCAAAAGUGAAAGAAGGUGUAAAGCAGAAGGAAAAUGGUCACUAUGAACUCCCACUUCCUUUCAAAACAGACAAGCCCAAUCUUCCAGACAACAAACAGUGUGCAGUUCACAGGCUCAUGUCAUUAGAGCGACGACUAAGGAAAAACGAGCAGUAUUGCAAGGAUUAUGUCCAGUUCAUGAACGACAUAAUCGAACGAGGAGAUGCUGAGAAAGUUCCACAGUCCGAACUCAAUGACCAACCAGCAUGGUAUAUCCCGCAUCACGGUGUCUACCACCCCCACAAACCCGGGAAGAUCCGUGUGGUUUUCGACUGUUCUGCACGGUUUCAGGAAACCUCUCUAAAUGACCAUCUCUUGACUGGACCAGACUUGACUAACACCUUAGUUGGAGUGCUUUGUCGAUUCAGAAAGGGUCCAAUAGCCAUAAUGUGUGAUGUCGAGAGAAUGUUUCACCAAUUUCACGUUGCAAAGGAACAUCAAGACUACCUCAGAUUCCUCUGGUGGGAUAAAGGCAAUCUUGACACAAAACCCUCAGUGUACAGGAUGAGAGUACACCUGUUUGGGGCAGCCUCAUCCCCUGGCUGCUCCAACUUUGGCCUCAAACAUCUGGCAUCGCAGGGUCAUGGAAAGUUCAGCGAAGAGUCCAUCAAGUUCAUACAGAGAAGCUUUUACGUUGACGAUGGCUUAACAGGUGUAGAGUCAGCGGCGGAAGCCAUACAUCUGGUGGAAGAGUCAAGAGCUUUAUGCAGAACAGGAAACCUACGGCUGCAUAAAUUUGUGUCCAAUGACAAGGAAGUAGUGGAAGCAAUACCACUUGAGGAACGUGCGCAAACCAAGGAUCAAGACAUGGCUCUUGGAGAACCAUAUAUAGAACGAGCACUCGGAGUUCAGUGGUGCGUCGAAGCGGAUUAUUUCCAGUUUAGAGUUGUGGUUAAGGAAAAUCCACUGACAAGGAGAGGUGUUCUUUCGACUGUUGCCUCCAUCUAUGAUCCAUUAGGGUUUGUGGCCCCCUUCAUCCUAGUCGGCAAACAGAUUCUUCAGGCGCUAUGCAAAGACAAAGUAGGCUGGGAUGAAGAUCUCCCUGAACACAUUCUUCCGCAAUGGGAGGAAUGGCUAAGAGAUUUGCCUCAGUUGGCAGCGCUGAAGAUUCCAAGGAGCUACCUCCCAUCAAACUUCGGGAAGGUCAUAAGAUAUGAGCUUCACAGCUUUUCAGAUGCAAGUUUUCAAGGCUAUGGUGCAUGCUCGUAUCUUCGAGCAAUAAGUGAACUGGGACACAUCAGUUGCUCUCUUGUCAUUGGGAAGGCAAGAGUAGCUCCUGUCAAACUAACGACCAUUCCAAGACUUGAGUUAUCUUCAGCUGUGACAUCCGUCCGCAACGCAGACCUCAUCAAGGGUGAACUUGAGAUUGAAGGCCUGCAAGAGUAUUACUGGACUGACUCACAGGUGGUCCUCGGCUACGUGAACAACGACGCCAAGAGGUUCCACACAUUUGUAGCCAACAGAAUCCAACGCAUACGAUCCAGCACAAGCCCUGAACAGUGGCGACAUGUCAGGUCUGAAAGCAAUCCAGCCGACCAUGCCUCCAGAGGGUUGAGUGCAGUUCAGCUGAAGGAGUCUAAUUGGCUUAAAGGACCCAACUUCCUUUGGCAGCAAAUUCCGCCAUGUGAAGAAGAGAAAGUAGAAGUAGAAACGACAGACCCAGAGCUUCGCAAAGCCUAUGCUCAUGCAGCUAAGACAGAGGAGGCGAAUGCAAUGGCAAACCGCUUCACUAAGUUUUCUGACUGGAACAGAGCUGUGAGAGCCAUCGCCAGGCUCAAGAGAUAUGUCAGAGAAUUCAAAGGACUUCAACCAAGAACUAAUGAAACAACCAAUCUCGAAGAAAGAAGAGAAGCGGAAGUUUUCAUUAUCAAGCUGACGCAAGAAGAAGCCUUUGCUGGCGACAUUCAAAGAAUCAGGUUCCAGAAAGGAGACAUUCGGAGCAAGCACAACAAGUUGCACAGGUUGAAUGCCUUCCUGGACAAAAACAAUGUUCUCAGGGUGGGAGGACGGUUGUCAAAAUCAGCCUUACACCACGACAUAAAACAUCCUGCAAUUCUUCCACGAAAAUCUCAUGUGUCAGCCCUCCUCAUCAAACAUUAUCAUGAGCGAGUAUUCCAUCAAGGAAGAGGCAUGACCAUGAACGAAUUGCGUGCAAAUGGAAUAUGGGUCUUGGGAUGUGGGAAUGUGGUCUCCUCACACAUUUAUAAGUGUGUAAAAUGUAGGAGAUACAGAAGAUCUACAGAGGUGCAACAAAUGGCAGAUCUGCCGCAAGAAAGGGCUGAAGAAUCCCCCCCCUUUACUUACUGUGGUCUUGACUGUUUCGGCCCCUUUAUCGUAAAGGAAGGAAGAAAGGAAUUAAAACGCUAUGGGUUGCUGUUUACCUGCUUAUGUUCGAGAGCAGUACACAUAGAAACACUCGAUGACUUGACAACAGACGCAUUCAUGAAUGCACUUCGAACAGUUAUGGCUAUCAGAGGACCUGUGCGCCAAAUAAGAUGUGAUCAGGGAACAAACUUCAUGGGCGCUAGGAGAGUCCUUUCUGAGUUGCUCAAAGGAAUAGAUCCUGAACGUCAGCGAGCAUUCGGCUGUGAAUUUGUGCUGAACGUCCCAUCAGCUAGCCACAUGGGUGGGGUCUGGGAGCGUCAGAUUCGGACAGUCCGAAGCAUCUUGAUGGUUAUGCUUGACCAAGCCGCAAGCAGACUCGACACCACAACUUUGAGAACGUUUCUUUACGAAACGAUGGCUAUAAUCAAUAGCAGGCCACUAAGUGUUGAGCAUCUUAAUGAUCCUACUGGUCCGGAGCCCCUCACUCCAAACCACAUACUGACCAUGAAAUCCUCAAUCAUUCUGCCACCUCCAGGACAGUUUUGCAAGGAAGACCUGUACCUGUGCAAAAGGUGGAGAAAGGUGCAGUUCUUAGCCAAUGAGUUUUGGCAAAGAUGGAAGCGAGAAUACCUGCUGAACCUCCAACAACGACGGAAAUGGCAAAAAAUAUCAAGGAACUCGCAAAUAGAUGACAUUGUGAUCCUUCAAGAAGAUGGCUCACCAAGGAAUGAAUGGAAGCUUGCUAAAGUUGUGGAAGUGUAUCCCAGUGCAGAUGGCAUGGUACGGAAACUGAAACUUCUAGUUAGCGACACUACAUUUGACAAAGGCAAACCACUCACUAGAUCAGUUCAUCUUGAGAGGCCUAUACACAAGGUAGUCACCUUACUUGAGGCCAGCUCAAUCACAUAAGGUCACUUUCAAUGAUGCUUAAGAACAUUUUUUUGUUUAUUCCACUUAUAUUUUGUUGUACCGGAAAAUCCCACAUUUAGGUGGAUGAGUGAUUUGGUGGGAGUGUAAGUGCCGGUAUUUAAGUUCAUGAAUGAAAAGGUUAAAAUGUAACUGAUACAGGCAGUAUUUGUAUUAUUCGCUUCUUGAGGCGGAACUAAUGUGCUUUGUUCGUAGCCCCGGGGGCCAAGAUCACUGUGACACUGCAAACGGCAGGUGCACGGUGCGCGUUUUGUCACCAAAGCUAUAAAACUUGUAAUGCACAUCAAAACCUCUUUUUACGGCAAGCGGCCAACGAGUUCUCACGGCGUAACGUGUAAAGCGUGAUGGUGUUGAUAAGAUGGAGAGGGAGAGAGGAGACAUGCCACCGCAAUAAACGCCCGUUCAAAGGAACCGACCUGUGUCUUGUGUCGUCGUAAGAGGAGCUACACAG